AUGGCCGCUAAGCUUUCAUACUGCCGCGUCGUCGCGGUUUUCUUCCUGGCCGUGUGCGCCGUAGCCUCUGCGUCUCCGUUCCAGCUGCACGAUGACGAGUACCCCCGGCAGCAGGAGCACUACGACUCGUCGACCGCGGAGCACAGCGAGGCUGUGGGUGACAGCUCUCACAAGCCAGGGUCGACGUAUCACUUUCAGUACGCGGUGCACGACCCGCUGACCGGCGACGAGAAGAGCCAGAAUGAGGUGGGUGACGGCCAUGGGUCGGUCAAGGGCACAUACAGCCUGGUCGAACCGGACGGCUCCACCCGGGUGGUCGAGUACACUGCCGACGACGAGCACGGUUUCAGGGCCGAGGUGAAGAGGAUCGAACCGGUGCACCGUCAACAACAUGACCCGUCGCCGUCCGUCGCCGACCCGUCGUACAAGUUCGACUUUGCCGCCGAACACUCAGCCGCAGCCCCGGUUGACUACGAACUGCAAAAGUCGCUGCACUACAACUACCCUUUGCAGGAACACCAACCCGAACUCCACCAAUUGUCGUCAUCGCACCUUUAA